CCGCUUCCGUCCCGCUGCAGCUUGACGCAGUUGUUUUGAAAACAGCACUGCGGUGAUUCUGCGGACGUCUCCUCGCUCUCGGGACUCCUCGGUUCUCCUUCGACGGCUCCUCGUGUUCUCCUCGUGUUCUCCUCCGCUCUCCUCCGCUCUCCUCAUCCAAACCUCACGCGCACAAAGGCGCUCUCUCUCGGCCGCAGGUGGGGCGGGUGGGGGGAGAGAAGUGGUGCGGCCACAGCAUCGGAGGCAGUCCGGAGGAGGAUGCCCUUGACUGGGGGGAGGAGCUGGUGGAGAAGGAGGGAGCACCACCAUGUAAUGCACGGAGCGAAGGGGACAUUGUGACUGUGUCGUCUUCAUUGCAGGGGCCGUCAGGGAUGCGGCGCGGGCUCUCCGGGUUCGAGGAGCAGCGGCGUCCUGCUGAGAGAGGGCCGGCUGCGAGUCUGCAGGGAGCCGUGGCCCCGGAGCCCUGAGCGGUGUCCACCUCCCGAUCAGAUGUCGGCAGAAGGCAAGUGUGCAUGACAAGAUCAACAGACCCCAGAGGCUGCCCUGCCUGCGCUGCAGAUAAACUGUGAGUCUGCUGCGACUUUGCCUUUUCUGGGCCUCUUUGGGCACCACGGACUCCAUCUGGAGGAGUAGAUGUACCUAUUAAUAAUGAAUGGAAUGGGCAGCAGCCCCUGAAUUGAAAAUGUCGCCCUGAAACCAGAUUAUUUUCCUGAGCCCUGAAGCAAGGUGGUUUUGACUGGAAACAAUGGCUGACCACGAAGAAGCAGAGUUGUCCAAGUCCCUGCAGAAGGAGGAUGGGUUUUCCAGCGAGCAGGAGGAACCAGGCUCAACCUUCAAAUCUAAAAGUAUGCCGAUUUUAAAUGACGCGGUGCCACAUAAGGAAAGCUUACUGGCUGGUUCUGUGCGGAUGUCCAUAACGGCGGAGGAGAGCACGGAGUUCAUCCAGCUACCGGCCAAGACAGAGUCCCCAACGAGAACAAACUACCUGCCCAAGUCAGGAAAGUCGGCGCUGAACAGGCCGAGCUCGUACAUGGAGAACACUGAGAUCAGAAGGAGUAAAACCAUGGCGAGGAGGAAGGCCCCGGGGUUUUUCGCUUCUAAGCUAGCCACGGUUCGUCUGCCCAGUCGGAAGUACCUGAGCAUUAUCUUGCAGGACUCUCGCUGCUUCCUGUUCUGCAUGUGCUACCUGACGUUCAUCCAGUCUCUCAUGGUGUCGGGCUAUCUCAGCAGUGUCAUCACCACGAUAGAGAAGAGAUACAGCCUGAGGAGCUCCGAGUCAGGCCUGCUCGUCAGCUGUUUCGACAUCGGGAGCCUCGUGGUGGUCGUCUUCAUCAGCUACUUUGGUGGGCGGGGCCAGAGGCCUCGCUGGCUGGCGGUAGGCGGUGUUUUCAUAGCCGUGGGCGCCGCGCUCUUCUCCUUGCCUCACUUCAUCUCCCCGGCCUACCAGAUCCAGGAGGUCAACUCAUCGUCUGCCAAUGAGGGCCUGUGCAUGAACAGCAACGCCAGUGGCAGGGACCGCGUCGAUAUCACUUCCUGUCCCAGAGACCAGGAGGGAAACGAGCACAACCUGUACGUGGCGCUGUUCAUCAUCGCUCAGAUCCUGGUGGGCAUGGGAUCCACGCCCAUCUACACGCUAGGACCCACCUACCUGGAUGACAACGUCAAGAAGGAGAACGCCUCAUUGUAUCUAGCCAUCAUGUAUGUGAUGGGAGCAUUGGGCCCAGCAGCGGGUUACCUGCUGGGAGGAGUCCUCAUCGGCUUCUAUGUGGACCCCAAGAUCCACAACAUUGACCAGAGCGAUCCGCGCUUCAUCGGCAAUUGGUGGAGCGGGUUCCUGCUGUGUGCCGUGGCCAUGCUGCUGGUCAUCUUCCCCAUGUUCACCUUCCCCAAGAAGCUGCCGCCCCGACACAAGAAGAAGAAGAGAAGGAAAAAGGUGAGCCUGGACGACUUGUCCAGCGACGACGACGUUCUCAAGGAGAAGAGCAACAACAAGAGCCAGGGGGUCACCUCGUCCAUGGGCUUUGGCAAGGACAUCAAAGAUCUGCCCAAAGCAGCGGUGAGGAUCCUCAGCAAUGUGACCUUCUUGUUCGUCAGCCUGUCGUACACGGCAGAAAGCGCCAUCGUCACCGCUUUCAUCACCUUCAUCCCCAAAUUCAUCGAGUCUCAGUUUGGCAUCCCGGCCUCCAGCGCCAGCAUCUACACCGGUUUGAUUAUCGUGCCGAGUGCCGGCGUCGGCAUCGUCCUGGGCGGCUACAUCAUCAAGAAGCUGAAGCUUGGAGCUCGUGAGUCGGCCAAGCUGGCCAUGAUCUGCAGCGGCGUCUCGCUCCUCUGCUUCUCCACGCUGUUCAUCGUGGGCUGUGACAGCAUCAACCUCGGAGGAAUCAACAUCCCCUACACCACCGGCCCGACUCUCACCAUGACCCAGAGGAACCUGACCGGGGGUUGUAACGUGAACUGCGGCUGUAAAAUCCACGAGUACGCUCCGGUCUGCGGCUCUGAUGGCAUCACGUACUUUAACCCGUGCCUGGCCGGCUGCAGCAGCGUGGCUAACGACAGCACCGGGGUUCGGAACUACUCAGACUGCGCCUGCGUCCAGAGUCGGCAGGUCAUCACGCCGUCGUCCAGCGGUCAGGGUAGCAACCAGCUACAGCUCGUCAUCGUCAAGACCUACCUGAACGAGAACGGUUACGCCGUGUCAGGGAAGUGCGACCGCACCUGCAGCACGCUCAUCCCCUUCCUCAUCUUCCUCUUCAUCGUCACGCUCAUCACUGCCUGCGCCCAGCCCUCCGCCAUCAUCGUCACCCUCAGGUCUGUAGCGGAGCAGGAGCGGCCGUUCGCCCUGGGGAUGCAGUUCGUUCUCCUCAGGACUCUUGCCUACAUCCCGACACCCAUUUACUUUGGCGCCGUCAUCGACACCACCUGCAUGCUGUGGCAGCAGGACUGCGGCGUCCACGGCUCCUGCUCGGAGUACGACGUCACCUCCCUGCGCUUCGUCUACUUCGGCCUUGCCGCCAGCCUCAAAUUCUUCGGCUUCUUCUUCAUCUUCCUCACCUGGUACUCCAUCAAGUAUAAGGAGGAGCGGGUGGAGCGGUGGGUGAAGCGUCACCUCUCGCCCACCGACACUGUGGGCAGCCUCGUCUGCCACCCGGGCGGCCACAAGGGCCACGCUCGCACCCGCUCCUGCCCCGUCAACAUCCCACGAAGCGACCCCAACACUCUGCCUGCUCAUGCUCCGCCACGCGCCGGCGCCCUCAACCGUGGUGUCAGCACUCAGAGUUGCCCUGGCAACGAGCUAAAAGCAAUAACCCCUCCCCCGCCUGCUGCACCAUCAACACCAUCAGCAACACCCACCCCCACGCCGGCCCGAUCACUGGAACACGUUUCAGUCCGAGUCUGAUGAGCCAGGUCUCACUCUUUUAUUCUGAAAUCCAGUCAGAUGGGUUUUAGCUGCCGUCACCACGCGGAGGUCCCGCUCUCAUCUCAUGGCUGGUAAAACACACACUUCAGUUCUGUCUGCGCCGCCGGCCUCUGAGGGUCAAAGACCAACAACUGGGGGUCCUGACUUAUCCUGAACCUCCAGAUCAGCGGGUUGAAGGAGAAGUUGAACUAACUCGAGGACCAACCGGCCUGGAGAACCCGUCUCCGACUCCAAACAUCCGCUCGGUUGGUGAAAACGUUGAAAGCGGCCAGUUGUUUUUCGUUGUCAUCCACCAGACGGCGCAGCGAGCAGACAACAACAGCUUUGCUUCCCCCGCUUGGGACGGAGGAGAGUUCAUCGCCCCCUCACCCCCCGGCAAUAUGUGCCUUCUGCCACCGCACACCUCACAAGUAUAGAGCAUGUACAUGACUGCACCAGUACGGGACGUCCCAGCCUGUCGGCAUUAGAGUCACCUGAACAGGCAUCUCCGCUUCACCCAUCCUCCAACUUUCCCUUCACCUCACGUCUGUCUGCUUCUUCCUCUCCUUCCUCAUUUGUCUUUUUUAUUUCUUCACCAUCAUGUGAGCGAUAUAAAAAAUGUGAUACACUGCAAUUGUGCAAGUGUUGAGAACUGGAAACCGAUGGCAUGGUGCUAUGUGGAAAAAAAACAAAAAAACAAAAAAAACAAUGUCUAGCAUCCAUUUCUUGUUCCUUUCUUUUUGGCGGUAAUUUUUUUUUUUAGGGUUAAAAACAUUUGAAAAGAAUCCAACUGGACAACAGGUCACUGGGCUAAGCAGCUUGGCUCGCACAGAAUGCAUUCCUGUCCGAUGCAAGGCCUUUUGUUGCUCCCGUGACACAAUGACACGUAGUAUUACCGCUGCAAGUCGGAUUGUUUGGCUUUUGCCAGCUCCAUACAAUGCAUCCAUACAGUACACCCGAGCUGUUUCCCCUCGGACUGCCACCCUGAUAAGUGGUUUAACCUGAAAAGAACAGGAUCGGCAUUUUCCUCCUGACCACUUCCCUGACCCGGCUGGACGAGUCACUGGGAUCCAGUUGUGGGAUCCUCCGCGCGGCUGGAACGAAAAGAACUGUGCUCGCUGAGGUUUUCCAUAUUGGACUGGGAAAGUGUAUUUCUGACUACUUCCCAGGCUCAUGAGAGACACAGCCAUUUACCAACAGCAUCACUUGUACUAAACCUGUAGAAAGACAAGUAGUCGACCAUCACGUAGAGGUCAUAGUGUAGUCGUCUAAUCUAAGUCAUCUCCAGAAAUAACAAGCUGCAUUUGGGAAGAAGCCUGAAUGGAAAACUCUUUCCAUUCCGCCUGCGUUAUGUUAGCUAAUUGUUUCACAGUAGUUCCAGUGAUUUAUGGGUAAUGACCUUCUGGCCUGAAAGAAUUGGAUGUGCCGUUUUCUUCACCACUUGCCAAGAGUCGCUCACAGUCUGUGGAAGUUGAAGUGUGAUAAGUAAAAAGAAGAAAAGGCUUCAGAUCACUGCAGCUGAUGAUUGUUUUCUUUAUCAUUGAAUCUACUGAUUAGUGUCAAAUAGUGAAAAAUGCUUGUCAGACUUUCUGAGCCCAAGGUGACGUUUCCUUGUUCCUCAAAACUAAAAGGUUUUAAAACAGAGGAAAGCAGCAAUUCUACACAUUUAAGAAUUUAAGAACUAUUAAAUAUUUAGUGUUUUUGUUUGAUAAAUUACUUUAAUCAAUUGUCAAAAAUAUUGUUGAUCAAAUUUCUGUCAGAAUCACUGAUUGUUUUAGCUUCAGAUUGUCCCCAGACAAGAUUGUUUCUGAAAGUUUAACUUGAAGAAGAAGUUUUUAAUGUUUCACCAAACCAUAACCACACUGCAGAGAAAUCUCCAUCUUAUGAAGCUUAUUAUUCUUCUAUUAUUAGGCUCUAAACAUUAUUCUGUGAGGAACUGGUUCUAAAAUCUUCAAGGGCACAAAGAUUAUUGGAACCUUUUUUGUUUUAAAAAACAUUCUGAUCAUAUUGAGGUUGAUCGUUUUAAUCAGUGUUAAUGUUUUCAUGCUCUAAUGUUCAGAAAACAUCGCUUUCCUCAAACUGUGCAUUGCUGCAGCUCCUCUUUUCAGCCUCUGUCUCAAACACUCCUGUGUCUUUAAGUCCCACGACAUACUCAAGACUUCAGUUUGGAGCAGUUCAAACAAGUAGUUGUUGUUUUCCUAGAUUUAUUUAUUUGUUCUUUUUCAGUUCUGAAUGUUAAACUAGAAACUAAAAGAAGUUGUGUGUUAUUCAUUCUCUGUGUUUCAAAGCGUUAAACCUGAGCCGGGUCGUACAACAAUGAUCGUAGUCAUCACUUCAUACAGGGUCAGUAACACACAGUAUCGUUUUUUUCUUUUUAAAUGCACUGGUAUCGGAUCGGAAAGUCCAGGUAUCAGAAUCAGGAAGGAGAAUACGGCAUCGCAACAUCUGUAGGGAGCAUUACACAAAUGUGAGGAAGUAUUGUCCGGAUUGAAGAGGUGAUUCAGGAGAUUCAGUGUUUUCUGUGGAGCAGAGUAACCAGGAGUAACUCCCUUUACCAGGAGUAACUCCCUUUACCAGGAGUAACUCCCUUUACCAGGAGUAACUCCCUUUACCAGGAGUAACUCCCUUUACCAGGAGUAACUCCUUUUACCAGGAGUAACUCCCUUUACCAGGAGUAACUCCUUUUACCACGAGAGUUACUCCCUUUACCAGGAGAGUAACUCGCUCUACCAGGAGAGUAACUCCUUUUACCACGAGAAUAACUCCUUCUACCAGGAGAGUAACUCGCUCUACCAGGAGUUACUCCCUUUACCAGGAGAGUAACUCGCUUUACCAGGAGAGUAACUCGCUCUACCAGGCGAGUAACUCCUUUUACCACAAGAGUAACUAAUUUUACCAGGAGAGUAACUCGCUCUACCAGGAGUUACUCCCUUUACCACGAGAGUAACUCCUUUUACCAGAGGAGUAACUCCCUUUACCAGGAGUAACUCCUUUACCAGGAGAGUAAUCGCUUUACCAGGAGAGUAACUCCUUUUACCACGAGUUACUCCUCUACCAGGAGAGUAACUCCUUUUACCACGAGAGUUACUCCUUCUACCAGGAGAGUAACUCCCUUUACCAGGAGAGUAACUCCUUUUACCAGGAGAGUAACUCCCUUUACCACGAGAGUAACUCCUUUUACCAGGAGAGUAACUCCUUCUACCAGGAGAGUAACUCCCUUUACCAGGAGUAACUCCCUUUACCACGAGAGUAACUCCUUUUACCACGAGAGUAACUCCUUCUACCAGGAGAGUAACUCCCUUUACCAGGAGUAACUCCCUUUACCACGAGAGUAACUCCUUCUACCAGGAGAGUAACUCCCUUUACCAGGAGUAACUCCCUUUACCACGAGAGUAACUCCUUCUACCACGAGAGUAACUGCCUUUACCAGGAGUAACUCCCUUUACCAGGAGAGUUACUCUUACUUGGCAUUCCUUUUUUAAUCCUUAAAACAAUCAAACAAACUUUUUGUUUUUCAAAACUUCACUACGUAAAAUGAUCGUACAGAAAACAACAAUUCAGACAAAUAGUUUUCAAAGUAAAAUAUUUCAGUGAUUUAAAAUAAGUUUUCAUGAUUAAAGUUACUAAUACGACUCAAAUGAAAUGUGGUCGGGAUGAAUUUUUUUUUUUAUUUUAUACAUUUUAAAGGGUCAAUCUAUAGAUUGUAUGUAAAAAUGGAUGACGUGACAGCUCGCAAAAGUGACGCCAAAUCAUCGCCCCCUGGUGGCUGGCUGCAGUUUCUGUCAUAAACCCCGCCUCCUCCAUCAGAUAGGACAUGGACCAAACUAAAAAAAUCUAAGUAGAUGUUUAAGUGUUCAUGUUUCUGUUCAUAAUUUUUGUUAAUUAGUUAUUUGAUGACAUAAAAACAGGCUGAGCCGUCAUGAUUGACAGCUGAGACUGACUCGUGAUUGGUCGAAAGCGUGUAUCGGCGGGAUCUUGACGCCGUCGCUCACCACGAUCGCUGCUGGACAGACUCUGGCUCCAAAUGACGUCUUCAGCACAAGAUGGAAUCCCUGGGAUGUUUUGGGCUUUGGGAGGAAGUGGAGACGCGGCGUCCAUCUCUAUUUACAAUCUGUGGGUUAGUUAGUCCAAAGCACUUCUGAGCUGUAUUUUCAUUUUGUUAAAGCUUAAAGCCGUGUUUCCUCUGACGCCCUGAGGAGCAGCCUCCUCACUCACGAGGUUACAUCAGUGUUCAUCAUAUUUGUCUCUUGUUUCAAACUCUGCUUUGCUCAGUCUUUUCCUCGUUCCUCCGAAUCCUCAGAGCUCAGUGAGGAGGCUGAGCUGUGCGCUCUCACGUGUAAACAUGAACGGAAUAUACACAGAAUCUAAAUCACUGCUUCUAAUGACUCAGAAUCUGAGUCAUGUUUCAUUCAGAAUAAGGUCAGAAGUCAGAUUAUUGGUGUCCAUGGAAACGCCGUCGCUGUGUUGGGCCGAAUCUCAAUCAGCCGCUCAGCGUUUGAGUGGAAAUGGUUCAAACAGGAAGGGGACAGGUUUUGAUUCUACGCUCUUCUCCUUCUCCACAGAGAUAUUUUUAAUAAUGAUUAACUUACUCUUUCUGGGUAACAUGGCUUCGUUAUGCAAAAAUGUAAAAAUGAAUAGGACAAGUCACUCCAGAGAGUGGCUGUGACUCAGUGUGAGCGUGUUCAUGACAGCUCACCAUCGGGAUCGGUUGCUCCGCCCACGUGUGUUUGGUUAUUGAUAUACUGUUCAGUUUGAAUGCUGACUUAUUGAAAGUGUGUGUAAAGGCCUCAGUCACGUCCUGAAGCUGCUGCUCGCUGUCGGUUUUAACACACAAGAGCAAAUUGGGCAUUUGCUGGGGUCUAUUUUCAGCGGCGGAUUAAUCCUCAUUCGAUGCUCCACUGAGUAUUCGGGGCAGAUAUGUGAAAUCAGCGAUUCGGCCGGUCUCAGUGCUUCAUCCUCGUGUUGUUGAUUUUCUCUCGAGUCUCACUGCUGUUUGUCGUCCUCCGCUCGCGUCACAUCCUCGUUUGGACAGAAGGAGGCGUCGUCUCAUGUCGUCAUGAGGCAUCAUCUCCAGACAGAGUAGAAACAAAGACUGAAUCUGUGUGAGCUCCGUCAGACGUUAGUGUUCUUUCUUCUUUUUUAUUAUCAGUAUUGUAUUUAUUUCUAAAGUACAGUGUUUUUGACUGAAGGCCACAAUGAACGAAGGCAAAAUGUAGAUUUGUGGACAAAUGCAUUGGAUACUUGACUCAUGUUGAUGAAAAUGUGAAAAAAAAUAAUAAACCAGUAUUACAGAC